AUGUCUGUGCGGAAUCCUUCUAAUCGUAAUGUUCCGAUACUCAUAUCAGCUUUGAUUCUUGACCUUCUCGCAUUUACAUGCAUUUUGCCGUUACUGCCAUCAAUACUUGCAUACUAUUCGCAAGCAUUAGAGAAGGAUUCGCUGUAUAAUACUCUGACAGCAGGAGUCAGAAGUUUUCAAUUAGCUAUUAAAGCUCCUGUUACAGAGCGUUUUAACUAUGUUUUCUUUGGAGGCAUUCUUGGCUCAAUAUUUUCUUUUUUGCAAUUCGUUUCAUCGCCCACGAUAGGAGUACUUUCUGAUAAAUAUGGUAGAAAGCCUAUGCUCAUUCUCUCCUGCACCGGGAGUGUUUUGUGCUAUUUGAUAUGGAUGUAUUCAAACAAUUUUACACUUUUCCUCAUUUCUCGUGUCAUUGGGGGAUUAAGUAAAUCAUGUACAAAUGUAGUUACUGCAAUGAUCGGCGAUAUUUAUGAAGGAGAUAAGAAUCCCAAGGGAAUGGCUUUAAUAGGUAUUUCUUAUUCAAUUGGUUUUCUCAUUGGCCCAAUGAUAGGAGCAUAUUUUUCAACUUUAGCAAAAAACGAAUUCUUUUUUACUGUUCCUGCCAAAUUUUCAAUUUGCUUAUCAAUCUUGGAACUUUUACUUUUCACUCAAAUAAGUGAAACUGCUAUUGUAACGAAGGAGAGUAAAGAGAAGGUUGUGUUCAAAGAUGCUAUUCAAUUGAUAAAUCCACUCUCUUUGUUUCAAUUCAAAGCCGUUUCAGUUUCUGAUCAAAAGAAAGCACACAUGGAACAGUAUGGAAUUGUAUAUUUUCUCUUCUUAUUCUUCUAUUCCGGUCUUGAAUUCACUUUGCCGUUCCUUACACAUGCCCGGUUCAAUUAUACGAGUGUUGAUCAGGGAAAACUAUAUCUCUUUACGGGUUUGCUCAUGUUAUUGAUUCAAGGUGGUGUAACUAGAAGAGUUCCAUUGCAAAAACAGAAAAAAUUGGCUCAGUUUGGUAUUAUCACUGCAGUUCCUGGCUUUUAUCUGAUUGCAUUUGCUGAAUCUAUUUUUAUGUUGUACACCGGGCUGGUCUUCUUUGCUAUAACUUCUGCAACUGUUGUUCCAGCUCUAACAUCUUGUUUAUCUGAUAUCAAUGGUUUAGCGCAAAGAGGAGCUACCAUUGGAGUGUUCCGAAGUAUAGGCUCUUUAGCCCGUGCCGUUGGUCCGAUUGUCGCCUCUUCGAUUUUCUGGCAUUUCGGGCCAACAUGCAGCUAUGUUCUCGGAGGUACCGCCUUCUUUUUGCCAACCUAUUUACUCCAUAAGUGCUUAACUCCUAAAGGAGAAACGAAAGCAGAAUAA